UCGGCUCGGAGGGGUGGGGCUGCAGGGAAUGGCUGUGCCCCCUUCGGCUCCUCGGCCGCGCUCGCCCCUUUACCUGCGGAGGCAGGCGCGGUGCCCGCAGUGCUCAUGGGGCAUGGAGGAGAAGGCGGCGGCCAACGUGGGCGGGCCUCCCCGGGUGCCCUGCUUCGGCAUCUCCGUGCACCAGGACGACAUCCUGCCCGGCGCCCUGCGCCUCAUCCAGGAGCUGCGGCCGCACUGGCAGCCCGAGCAAGUUCGCACCAAGCGCUUUACUGAUGGCAUCACCAACAAACUGGUGGCCUGCUAUGUGGAAGACAACAUGCAAGACUGCGUGCUGGUCCGGGUGUACGGGGAGCGGACGGAGCUGCUGGUGGACCGUGAGAAUGAGGUCAGGAAUUUCCAACUGCUGCGAGCACAUGGCUGCGCCCCCAAACUCUACUGCACCUUCCAGAACGGACUGUGCUACGAGUACAUGCAGGGCAUGGCCCUGGGUCCCGAGCACAUCCGCGAGCCUAAGCUCUUCAGGCUAAUCGCCUUAGAAAUGGCCAAGAUUCAUACCAUCCAUGCCAACGGCAGCCUGCCCAAGCCCACCCUCUGGCACAAGAUGCACAAGUAUUUCACACUCGUGAAGGAAGAGAUCGGCCCCAGGCUUUCUGCAGAUGUGCCCGGGGUAGCUGAGCUGGAGCAGGAGCUGGCCUGGCUUAAGGAACACCUGUCCCAUCUGGAGUCCCCAGUGGUGUUCUGUCACAAUGACCUGCUGUGCAAGAACAUCAUCUACAACAGUUCCAAAGGUCAUGUGCGGUUCAUCGACUAUGAAUAUGCUGGCUACAACUACCAAGCUUUUGACAUCGGCAACCAUUUCAAUGAGUUUGCAGGUGUGAACGAGGUGGAUUACUGCCGCUACCCUGCACGUGAGACGCAGCUGCAGUGGCUCCACUACUACCUGCAGGCCCAGAAGGGCUCAACUGUGACUUCCCAGGAGGUGGAGAGACUCUAUGUGCAGGUCAACAAGUUUGCCCUGGCAUCUCACUUCUUCUGGGCACUCUGGGCCCUUAUCCAGAAUCAGUUCUCCACCAUUGACUUCAACUUUCUCAGGUAUGCUGUGAUCCGAUUCACCCAGUACUUCAAGGUGAAGCCUCAAGUGUCAGCCUUGGAGAUGCCAAAGUGACCAGCCUCCUGCCCACCCUGCCCAGGGCGCCCACAUUGCACCCCAGGGCUGUUCUGCAGUGGGUGAAGGUGAAAGCUGUGCCUCUGCCCUCCUUCCCUUUGGUGGGUGCUGCCAACACUCAUGGGAAGGACCCAGCUCUGGUAUACCCUCACCCCACCAGACUGGGGGGAGGUGCCAGCAGGGGCUGGGGUUCCCUUUCUACCUCCAGUGUCCUAGGUGCCCUGGGGAAGUACUGAGCCCAAACCAGCAUCACACCAGCUGACGGAUGGAUGUACAGAUCAUGGGAUGCUGAAACUCUGGCCCGAUGGCCCCCAUCUAGAUCCAGUCAGAGCCCCUUUACAUCCCUGGGAACAGAAGGAUGAACAGUGCAGCCCAGCUGGCCCAGAAACGGGUGCCCUGACCAACCAGCAGUUCCUGCAGCUUCUCUGCUGGCCAUGCACCUGCUAAUCUCAAUAUUUGAUGCCAACCUUUACCCAGUCUCCUGGGCAGGAAAUCCCAACUUCUGGGGCCUAUAUCACCACCUACCCUCACAGCUCCAGGGCCACUUGGUCAUUUACUCAAAUGACCAAUGAAUGACUGUGGUUUUCUGUAUUAAAAUGGUUCUGGGCCAUGUCUGAAUGCUAAUAAAGUGAGCUUAAGGGG